UUCCGGUUCCACCACCCGGAACCGCCGCCUCUAGGGAUGGACGGUCAGACUCUGCGGAAGGCUGAGAGAAGCCGGUCCUGCUCACGGGAGAAAAAGGAGGGUUGCACUAAGGACAUGGUGACAGACUUUGAUGAGAAGCAUGAUGAGUAUUUAAUAUUGCUUCAGCAGAGAAACCGGAUAUUAAAGCAUUUGAAAACCAAGGACCCCACGCAAUUGAGGCUAGAGCACCUGGAACAGGGGUUCUCUGUCUACGUCAACGGGGCCAAUUCUGAACUGAAGACCUCACCGCGGAAAGCUGUCCACUCCGACUUCUCCAGAAGCGCCUCCCACACCGAGGGGACUCACGAUUGCGGACGAAGAACCCUGUUUCGAGAAGCUGAAGAUGCUUUAAGACGCAAUUCACGGACGGCCCCCAGCAAAGUCCAGCGCCGAGGAUGGCACCAGAAAUCUGUGCAGAUCAGAACAGAAGCUGGCCCGCGGCUCCACAUUGAACCCCCUUUGGACAAUUCGGAAGAUUUUGAGCCGUGUGGGGAUGUGACUGUCAGGGAAAAGGAUGCUUCUAGGGACCGUCCACAGGGUACCAAAUCUCCCACCAGCACCACGCCCUGUGAUUUUAAUUUCUCCCUUCCGAACGUACAUGGACACCUCGACCCUCCAAGCUGUAUGGACAAAGAAAGGAUCCUCUUAACUAUUCAGGAUGUAAUGGAGCUAAGAAGAAGCCUGGAACUUAGUGUAAAUCUACAAAGGAAAGAAAAGGAUUGUUUCAGCGACGAGUAUGACUCUAUCGAAGAAGACGUACCCUCUGAGCCAGAGCCCGAGGAUCAUCCUAGAGAUGACCCCCCUCCUUUCAGUGGAGACCCAGGCCAGAAGGAUGUUUCCAAAGACCCGGAGACAGAAAGACACCCUUUCCAAGGCCCAGACACCCUCGUAGUGCUGGAGUUUAACCCGGCUUCCGAAAGUAAGAAAAAGGAAAGGAAUUUGUCUGCUAAGCGGAAGGACAAUGCUGAGGUCUUCAUUCCCAGCAAACCUGAGCCAAAUCUGAAUCCCCAGCCCCCAACCGUGUUCCCAGACCAGGAGAGGGCAUACUCAAGACCUGGAAGCCGCCGAGACAGACCCCUGUCAGCAACCCGAAAACCUGUGCACGAGGCUGAGGACCGAGAGGAAGAUGCCUCAGCUGUGCUCAGAGCCAUCCAGGUGGAGAACGAGGUCCUGCAGAGGGCAAUCUUCAGCAGAAAGACCGAGGCCCCCACCAGCCCACGGCAGGACACAGAAGGACCACUAGCAAAAUCUUGGGCCAGCCUGCUGAAGGAGGAGACCCCUGAGCUGCCUCCCAUCUCUGCAGCAAUGAGCACGCAGGAGCUGUCCCAGGCAGCAGGGGGCGCCAGAGCCGUCAGUGAAGCCAUCGACAGAAUUGGCCUUUUGGGCAGCAGAAAAGUAAUCGCGGUCCCCUUGAUGGGAGUGUUCCGGUUGUGUAUCAUUUGUUACGAUCGGUUUGCUAAAACAAAAUCACAUUUCAGACAACAGCAGAAGCUUCUGAAAGUCCUCCAGGCCGUCGAAAGCGACUCUGCCCGUCUCAGCCGGGUUGUUUCACCCACUGAGGAGCAAGCACAGGACCCAGAGGACGAAUCGAGAACGAAGGAAGAAGAGAUCAAAGAUGCCAUCUACGUGACCAUGGAAAUCCUGUCCAACUGGGGCAGCGCGUCGUGGGUGGGUCUCACGGAAGUUGAGUUCUUCGACCUGAACCACACAAAACUUUACGUGUCGCCUCAUGACGUGGAUAUCCGGAGCGCGGACACGCACGGGGACCUGGGCCACCUGGUCAAUAGGAACUUAGCUAGCAAGCAAGAUUCUUCCUUGUGGACGUGCCCCUUCCACCCUCCACUCCAGCUCUUUUUUGUCAUCCGCAACACGAGACAGCUGCGUGACUUUGGUCUAACCAAGAUCAAGGUUCGGAAUUACUGGACGGCUGACGGCGAUCUUGACAUGGGAGCCAAGAACGUGAAGCUUUAUGUCAACAAAAAUCUCAUCUUUGAUGGCCAGUUAGACAAAGGAGGUGGAGAGGCCCCCGCUGACCAGAGCAUCCUGGUGGGCCUGCAAAACGAGAGAAUGGAGAACAGCGUUACCACCCACUCGGAAGAAAGCAAAGGUGCCUGCAAGACGGCUGGCACAGCCGGGGACGAGAUGCUUGAUGUCAGCGAUGCGCAGCCAGCUGGAGCAGCGGAGGAUGUGAAGGUUUCUUCGCCAGGAAAUUUUUUUGGUGAAAGGAUGAAUUCUCCAGAUUGCACGAAAGACAGUCUGUCCAAGUUAGAGGAAGACUUCAGCUUUUUAGCUGCCCCAGCCUCGCCGGGUGGCGUGCCCAGUGCCCCUCCACACUCUCCAUCUGGGGAAUGCCCUGCUCCCCUUGACCGGGAGCUCUCACUGAUCCAACAGCUGGAAAACCUCAUGGGCAGAAAAGUCUCUGAGCUGCCAGGGAAAACUCCAUCUUGGUUACAACCUUCUCCUGCAGGGAAAGGCCAGAAGCAGGGAGGCCAGAAAUCAAAACCCCUCUGGCUGAGCCCGGAGAAGCAGCUAGACUGCAGAGGUAGGCUUCUGUCAGACAACGCCAUCCUUGAGGGGUCUGAAGAGACCGAGGCCCGGGAUGAAGGCCCCAGGCGUGAGCAAGGGCGGACAAGCAGCUGGAAUGUCAUUGCCAGUGAGAGAGCCCAGAGGGCAACCCCCAGAGUCUGCAGUGAUGACUUCGACAUCUUUAACCAGUCCUCCCACAGGGAGCACCCUGCUAGUGGGAGGAGGGGCCUGAGGAAGGAUGCCCUCAGUGGCAGUCAUGGUGACGGCCAGCCAGCCAGCAGAGAAAAUGCCUGCUCCACCCGGACACCUCCACGGCCCCGGUGGCGCAGCGAGCAGGAACACACACUCCACGAGUCGUGGAACUCCCUCACCGCCUUUGACCGUUCCCACCGGGGGCGAAUCUCCAACAUGGAGUUCCAGGGGGACAUCCUGGACGAGUUCCUGCAGCAGCAGAAGAGCAGCCGGCACAGUGACCAGCCGCCCCCCUGGAAGGAGGAGAAGCUGGAGUCCAUGAUAGGGCAGGACCACAGCUCCCUGAAGCCAGAUGAUGGGGGUGACUUUAAAAUCCCCGUCUUGCCUUAUGGACAGCACUUGGUCAUUGACAUCAAGUCUACGUGGGGGGACAGGCACUAUGUUGGCCUUAACGGAAUAGAAAUAUUCAGUUCCAAGGGCGAGCCGGUGCGAAUUGCGAACAUUCAAGCCGACCCCCCGGACAUCAAUAUCUUACCAGCCUAUGGGAAAGAUCCCCGUGUGGUCACCAACCUCAUCGACGGGGUGAACAGGACCCAGGACGACAUGCACGUCUGGUUGGCCCCCUUCACGCUGGGCAAGUCCCACUCCAUCUCCAUGGACUUCAUGCACCCUUGCCAGGUCGCCCUGAUCAGGAUUUGGAACUACAAUAAAUCGCGGAUACAUUCCUUCCGCGGCGUGAAGGACAUCACGAUGCUGUUAGAUGCGCAGUGCAUCUUCCAGGGAGAAAUCGCCAAGGCCUCGGGAACCCUGACGGGAGCUCCAGAGCACUUUGGAGACACAAUCUUAUUCACGACCGACGAGGACAUUCUCGAGGCCAUCUUCUGUUCUGAUGAGACAUUUGACUUGGACGUGGAGAGCCUGUGCGGCCUGCAGUGCGAGGAGGCGCUGAGGAGACCCAGCACGGCCGACGGCCAGGGGGAGGAGAGGCCCUACACACAGGCCGGCUUGUGGGCUGAUGACCGGGUCCCGGAGGUAGAGCUGUCAUACAGGCCCCUUGUCCCUGAAGUCACUACGCCAGAGCCGGGCAUCUACCAUGGGAUCUGCCUCCAGCUAAAUUUCACCGCCUCCUGGGGAGACCUGCAUUACCUGGGGCUCACAGGCCUGGAAGUGGUGGGCAGGGACGGCCAGGCACUGCCCAUCAGCCUGCACCAGAUCUCCGCCUCCCCCAGAGACUUAAAUGACCUGCCCGAGUACACCGACGACUCCCGGACCCUGGACAAGCUUAUUGAUGGAGCCAACAUCACGAUGGAGGAUGAGCAUAUGUGGCUGAUCCCCUUCUCGCCGGGGCUGGACCACGUGGUCACGAUCCGCUUCGACAGAGCCGAAAGCAUCGCAGGCCUGCGCUUCUGGAACUACAAUAAAUCUCCCGAGGACACCUACCGAGGGGCCAGAAUUGUCCACGUCUCCCUGGAUGGCUUGUACAUCUCCCCUCCCGAGGGCUUCCUCAUCCGGAAGGGGCCAGGCAACUGCCACUUUGAUUUUGCUCAAGAAAUCCUCUUUGUGGACUACCUGCAGGCCCGACCGCUGCCCCAGCCAGCCCAGAGACUGGACACGAAGAGCCUGGAGCGGGCGAGCAUGGACUACGAGGCGCCCCUGAUGCCCUGUGGCUUCAUUUUCCAGUUUCAGCUCCUGACCAGCUGGGGUGACCCCUAUUACAUCGGUCUGACUGGCCUGGAGCUGUAUGAUGAGCGGGGAGAGAAAAUCCAUCUGUCGGAAAACAAUAUCGCUGCCUUCCCUGACAGUGUCAACUCCCUAGAGGGCGUGUGCGGGGACGUCCGGACCCCUGACAAGCUCAUCGACCAAGUGAAUGACACAGAUGACGGCAGGCACAUGUGGCUGGCACCCAUCCUGCCUGGUCUGGUGAACCGGGUUUAUGUGAUAUUCGAUCUGCCUACUACGGUGUCAAUGAUCAAACUGUGGAAUUACGCAAAAACACCCCAUCGAGGGGUGAAGGAGUUUGGCCUCCUGGUGGAUGACUUACUCGUGUACAAUGGGAUCCUGGCCAUGGUGGGCCACCUGGUUGGCGGCAUCCUGCCUACGUGCGAGCCCACGGUGCCCUACCACACCAUCCUCUUCACUGAGGACACAGACAUCUGUCACCAGGAGAAGCACACGGCCAUCAGUAAUCAGGUGGAGGAUCAGGAUGUCCAGAUGAUGAAUGAAAACCAAAUCAUUACCAACUCUAAAAGGAAGCAGAGUGCAGUUGACCCAGCCUUGCGCCCCAAAACCUGCAUAAGUGAGAAGGAGACAGAGAGACGGUGGCGGUGCUGACUGGCCAAGGAGAAGGAGCUGGUCCUCAGUCAGGGUGGGGCUCCGCCACUGGCCCCCACUUGGCACCCAUGUCCCCCGCCCUCAGGCCUCCGUGUCAGCAGCCCAGACCCCAGAGGCAGGAAGGGAAUGGCAGCAUGGGGGGGGAUUGGUGGGGAGAAGGGACUCACGGGUGACAGUCCUGGGAGAUGCCAGAGUUUCAGGCAGGAGGAGGAAGGGAUGUAGUGUGGACUUCCACUGUCCCCUGCAGUUCUGGGGCCACUGCAGGGGGCCCCGGGGGACACCUGGCUCAGUGCCUCUCUGGUGAGAUCCAGCAAAGCAGGGCCCACAUCCGGUCAGGCCUGUCAUGGGGCCCGUGGGCUGGGUCUGACUCCAGGCAGACAGUGAGGUGGACCAGGAGCCCCCCUAUCAGCCUUCCCAGAGCCUGGAGCAUGGCUGAACAGGGUGGGAGGAGACCAGGCCUCAAACACCCACAUCGGUAGGCAUGAGACCCUUCCUUCAGAGGCCCAAGCUGAGGCGCCAGCACCCCCCACCACAACCACCCUCACCACCACAUCCCUGCCUCACCUGGGGGCAGGUGGAGCUGGCUGAUAGGGUGGGAUUUUCCACUGGAUCCACAGAUGUCUGACCAGGCUACAACCCCCUCCCUCAUCUGGGGUCCCGCCCAGGCCCAGUUGAGAAGGAGGGAUCCCCUCAGGGGCGCUAGUCCUGCAGGGCCUCCGUCCUCUGGUCAAGCCUGAGAAGGACUCGGUCAAGGGCAUGUGUCCCUCUGAGGAACAGAGGCAGCUGAACCACCCGCUGCUCAGAGCUGGCCCCACUCGGGCAUGUGGGCGCCCGUCUCUGAGGUACGGCCAGGCCCAGAUAGGAUAGGUGGGCAGCUUCAGACCCCAGAGGGCCAGGAGGGCCCAUCCAGAUGCCCUCUGGAUGCAGGGCUGGGGAGACAGAGGACCAGUCCCACAGCCAACCUCCUCUUCCCACCUGACCUAGUCUGAAGGGCAGUGGCCCGCACUAUACUCCCUGCAGCGUCCCUUAGGGCUGAUCCAGGCUUUUCUAGCUUGCUGUGUGCCCUGGGAGUCUGGCCCCCACCCCUUCUCCCUCUUCCAGCAGCUUCCCAGCAAGUUGGAAACAUGCCUUGCAUCCCCUGCCACGUGAAGCCCAGAACGCACCUACUUCCAUCUAUAGAACAAGCUCAGAUCAGGGGCCUAAUGGGUUUCCCAGUGCUGGGUAAUUUCUCAUUCCAAAUAUUAACCCACUGUUUUCCUGGCUCCCAGCCCGGCCCCACCAUGGUACUGUACUCAAAGAACGUUCCUAUGGAACUGAGAGCCCCGGAAAAUACUUUAUGAGCCUUGCAGCUUCAGCCAAGCAGCUAUGCAAAUACGCUUUUCAUUUGGAGUGCGGGGCAGAUGUGAAGAUAAGAAUUUGUUUCUCCCAGAGAAUAUCCAUCAUUUCUGUAGCUUCUGAGCCCCCAGCUUUUCGGCUUAUCCACUCACCUCCCAGAUGUAGCAAGCGUCUCCUGGCUCCCAGGAGAGCUGACGCCUGGAGGAGCCCGGGCCGCUAAUCGAACCAGCUUUUAGUGACCAAAACCAGUGCUGUGGCUUUAAGGGGAGCCCAGCCUUCCUUCCCCACCCGAGGCGUGUGUGCAGGUCAGACGUGUCAGGGAGUUUGCAGGAACACCACAUACACUUGCUCCCGGAAUCUCAGUUGAUGUUUAUUAUAAUUGUAUGUACCAUGCAAUUUAGGAGGGGGACAGAAAGCUGUACAGGCAUUAACUCUAAAAUAAAUUUCUAUUUUUUUUCUCUUGCAAAAUGAAUAAAAGAUGUUAUUAAGAA